GUUCCUGGUGUCCCUAAGCGCUAUAUCCUUGUGGUGCUCUGUUUUUUCGGCCUUUUCCAGAUGUACGCCAUACGGACCUGCUUAAGCGUGGCCAUUGUUGCCAUGGUGAGCAAUAGAACGAUUGAACAACAUGGCAGAAUAAUGUACCAGGAAGCAGAGUUCAAAUGGAAUUCAGAAUUACAAGGUUUUAUUCUCGGUUCAUUCUACUACGGUUAUGCAAUACUACAAAUCCCAGCUGGACUGUUGGUGCUGAAGUACGGUGGUAAACCCGUGUUUGGCUUCUCAAUCUUAAUCGCUUCAAUACUUACCAUAGUCACACCUCCAGUAGUGAGAUACAGCUUUAGGUUGUUCGUAGCUCUGAGGAUACUGGAAGGAAUUGUGCUGGGUCUGAUUGCUGCUGCACAUCACUGCAUAUGGGCUUCAUGGUCGCACAUCUAUGAGCGGAGCUCGUUAUUGACAAUAGCCGGCUCAGGUACAAUCGUUGGCACAAUAUUAACCAUGCCAAUCACAGGUCUUUUGUCGGAAAGUGAAGGAGGAUGGCCGCUUGCUUUUUACUUUUUUGGGUCGAUUGGAAUCUUAUGGUUCGUUGUAUGGCAGAUGUUCAUGUACGAGAGGCCAACUGAGCAUCCGGGUAUCUCGCAACAAGAAAUAGAUUACAUAGGACAUUCAUGGGAGAUAGACGAGACUUUAGCUAAAGUGAAGAUACCUUGGAAGGCCAUUUUAGSCAGCCCUCCCGUGUGGGCGUGCAACUUUACUAUGUUUGUAGGGGACUGGUGCUUCUACACAAUGUUGAUAUGUAUUCCUUUAUUCAUGAAACAAGUCUUAAAAUGCAGUGUUAGAGAGGCAGGUAUUAUAAGCGCUGUGCCCUAUGUGUUCAUGGCAAUAGUAUCUCCUUUAGCAAGUUUAAUCGCUGACAGACUGAUAUCAAGACAAAUACUGUCUAUGGAUGUUACAAGAAAGCUUUUUCAAAGCCUAGGUCUUCUUGUGAGUUCUGGUUUUGUUGUCCUUGUUGGUUAUGAGACCAGGUCUAGUUAUUCACUUGUCCUGCUAACCCUGGGGAUUGGUACCUAUGGUAUAGGCAGCUCAGGAGUACCUCCCAAUCUUAUCGAUCUGUCUCCUAAGUACGCUGGUCUAUUGAUGGGAAUGGCUAACACAGCGGGUUCGUUGUCUGGUUUUCUAUCGCCUGCUAUCGUCGGUAUUCUAACAACUCACGGGACUCUAGAGGAAUGGAGACUAGUAUUCUGGUUGACRGCGAUCAUGUCUUUGGCUGGGACAGCGGUUUAUAUUGCUUUUGGAUCAACCAAUAAGCAGUCUUGGGCAGAUGGCUGACUCGGGGCAGUUUAUCGACCAGGAUGAAUAAUAAUAACAUGACAAAGGGACCAUUAAUAUGGCUUCUGUAGGCAGGGAGGCGUUCAUUGUUCCAAGUAGCCAUCAUUUUGAGUCAUACAUAAGACAUASUCAGAUCUCUAUUUGYGCUGGACAUAUAUAUUAUGUUCUUAGAAUAACAACUUUAACAGCUGUGUCAGGUUUUUAUAAAAGAGUUUUUAAAUUAAAAUGUAUGAUGCUAUUCGCAAUACGAAGUCGGUCGUUAAUUCGAGGUGUCCGGGUAACGGGGGUUUCUACUGUAUACAUAUUUUCGUUCCAUGACAUAACGAUGCGUUUUUGUUCAUGACAUAAGUAUUCUUACUUAAGKCGGCCGAGCUGCCGGCUUUGUAGGAAUUAAUACCAAUUGUAAAAUCAAUACUUUUGUAUAUUUGCAAACUAGAAAUACUAUUCAUAGAAACACCGCGAUUUCAAGAACAAUAAAUAAAAUAAACGCUUGCAAAACUACAGCAGAUGUAGAAGUGUAUCUUACGGUAGGCAUUUCAAUCUUCCUAUAUUGAACACUGACCAAAUAAGGGC